AUGCACGUGCGCUCCGGGGUGGCCGCUGGUCGCCACGCGCUCUCGCCGUCGCUUUCAAGUGGUCCGUCGAUCGGUCUUUCGGCCAAUAAUCGGCCAGUCGAUGGGUUUCGUGAUGACGAAGCGAGUGCGACGGCUGCAGUCAACAAAGACCGAGAUUCGAAUGAGAGAGAGCGAGCGAGCGACAGUAGCGGGAACGAACGCGCGACGGUGUCGGGUAGUGCUUGCAAACGAGAGGGAGAGGCGGAGCGAGUGAGUGACUGGGCGGCAAGUACGUGA